AUGACGUCCAACACUUUGCAGGCAGAGCUGUCGAACCUGAUCCAGGAAUCUAAAAGGAAACAUUCUGACCUAAGAAAUGCAGCCGAACAAUCGCUUGCGGAGCUUAAAGCUCUACCAUCAACAUCUGAAUCACAGCUAGCAGCAGACCUGGCCAGAAAGCCACAGUUUGCCAGACCGUUUGUUCUAGCGUGCCAGACUCGGCAUACCCGUCUUGCUGCUAUCGGGGUAGCAAAUCUUCAAAGGCUAGUAACCAUUGGGGCAUUGCCUCAGGAGCGCCUAAAAGAUGUACUUCAAGGGCUACAUGAAACCGCAAAUCUAAGCCUUGAAAUACAACUCAAAAUAUUGCAGACAUUGCCGUCACUAUUUCGAUUUUACGCAGAUAACCUGACUGGUGUUCUUCUUGCAACCACGCUAGAAAUAUGUGCCACGCUACAGAAUAGCAAGACGACAGCAUUAUCGAAUACCGCUGCUGCUACUCUUCAACAGCUAGUGGUUGCUGUCUUUGAGAAAGUCUCACGGGAAGAUGAUAAAGAUGGCGGCAAUAUAACCUAUACUACUAUUUCACUAGAAGACCAAAAGCUUGAUGUGACUACAUUCAGUUACGAUGCUUUCCGGAUAUUAGAUGAUUUAUGCCGCCUGCUGGAGGGCGAGCAACUUACAUACUUAAAAUUGAUUGAGAGCAUCUUGGUGAAUAACGCUGAAGUUUUUGCUCGGCAUCCUGAGCAUACCCAAGUCCUUAGGCACAGACUGAUGCCUUUGGCGGUCAGAUAUCUUUCUGAACGCCAUUCCUUUUCUCUGACAGUCCGCGUUGCAAGGAUAGUGCUGCAUAUUCUUAAAGCUCACCUAUCACUAUUAACUGUUGAAUGCGAGGUGAUUUUAUCACUUCUGAUCCAUUUAAUCGAUACGGAAACGUCUUUGCCCUGGAAACGGGUGCUUUGCAUGGAGAUUUUUAGAUCUUUAUACACUGAACCGGGUAUUAUUCGACUUAUAUAUACCCUUUUUGACAAUGAGGAGGGCCGCAAAGCUGUAUUGCGAGAUCAUAUGUCAUGUUUAGUCAGGCUUGCUUCAGAAAAGUCUUCAUUGAUCGGCUUAGGCCAUCAAUCCACUGUACCCUUGGCAACUCAAACCAAUAAAGAUUCAAUCGAGGACCAAGUUACUCUCGAAUCCGUCGGGGUGAGUGGCAUAAUUGGAAGCCCUUCGAACAGGCCCGAAAUGUGUGGCAUUAGCACACAGUGGAGUCUCCUGCGAGUCCCAUAUAUCGAAACACUUGACAAAAUAGACUCUCCAUCACCGCCAGAAACAUAUAUCUACAGCCUAGUGCUUAACUGUAUAGCAGCAUUCUCCGAAAGCAUUGCCAGGUUCAUCAUUCCGCUUGCUGUCGCUGAAUCUAAGAGCAAACGGAAACGCAACACUUCAAAUUCGAACAAAGAUCAAGAUUCGGCUCAGCAAGACACAGAUAUCAAAGAAUCCACAGGGAAGUCGUCAGUCCCACCUAACCCCCUUGAGUUGAAGUCUCAUCCGCAAAUCGCCAAUAUUGAAGCCACCGCCGGUAUAAUUGACAUUUGCUGGCCAGCCAUAUUAGCUACUUCAUCUACUUUCUUGUAUGCUGCAUUGGAUGGAGAAUUUUAUCACACAUUAGUCCGGGCAUUCCAAAAGUUAGCUCAUGUUGCGGGUCUUCUACGAUUGUCUACUCCACGAGAUGCAUUCCUAACGACUCUCGGGAAAGCUGCUGUCCCUACUGACUUUCCGGGAUCCAAUACUGCUCCUGAUGGUAGCACGCACCAUUCGCCUGUCAUUGAUAACACCAACCAACGGUCAACUAGUGUUUCGGAGGUUGCUAACUCCCCCGUCGAUACCCCUCUCAAUAUGCUAAAUACCAGAAAUCUUCUUUGUUUACGAGCACUCCUGAACCUAGGUAUUGCCCUUGGGCCAACCUUAGACCGUGGUUCUUGGUCAAUUGUCCUUGAAACUCUUCAAAAUGCGGAACUUGUCAUCAACAUUACAAGUUCCACGUUUAUUUCAAUGGCAACAGAUCAAAACAUGGAGACUAAAAGUUCGAACUCUGACCUACCGAAAUCCAAUCUUGGACCUGAAAUUAUGGCUGUUCAGGCUGUCACCAAUAAGCUCUGCGAAAGCACAGGCGAUUACCCCAAUUCUGCCUUCAAAACCUUUCUCAUCACUCUCUUAAGUUUACCGGAGAGCUUUACCAAAGAGACAGCUUCUACACCAACCCAAAAACAAACACCAUCGCCUCUUCUCCCACAAGGACAGCAAGGAGGACGUGUCCACCAGAAUAAACGAAGUUUGUCGAUAGCUCUGGGCCGAAGCAGGGUACGUGAAGAUGAACUGAAAUUUGUGCUAGAUAAGGCAUCCGGUAUUGCCAAAGCAAAUAUUGAACGGCUUUCUCUCCCGCAAGAUGAGGGUAUCUGGGACCUUUUGGUCAAUAACCUUGUUAAAACGAUCCAAAAUGACCAGAUUAGCUCAGGACUGCGCCUCAAGGCGAGCGAUAUCAUUAACACAAUAAUUUCGAAAACCAUUAAACUGACAGAAUCUAUCGAGGAGGAAUCAAGGAAUGAUGUGCAACUCCGGGGAUUGCUCGCUUUGAAAUCUCAAUCUUCUAUGCACUACCAGGCACGAAGACCGAGUUCUUCGAUUCGCGCAGCCGAUCUAGAAGUCCAUGAACUCGCCCUUGAAACAUUGAAAUCCAUCCUGGAGGGAUCUGGCCAAUCGGUGGUUGCAGGCUGGAACUUGGUAUUCGAGCUAAUAUCGAGCGUCUUCGAUAAAGAAAUACCUGUUCUGACGGAGAAAGAUGAAGCCCAGAAACCACCUUCGUCAACCCCAGGCAGCCCAACAAUAGUUAAAGUGAAGUCUCAAAAACUACUACGAACAGCUUUUGAUUCGCUACAACUUGUGACGUCGGACUUUUUAUCGUUACUUCCCGCGUCGUGUCUACUUGAGCUCGUAGAAUGCUUCUAUAGCUUCGCGUCUCAAAAGGAAGAUUUUAACAUUUCACUAACAGCCACCACGUCAUUUUGGAAUAUAUCAGAUUUUCUCCGGGUCCAAAUCAACCAAUUUUCUUGCGAAGAUGAGAUUACCGUUUCAACUUCCGAAACACGUAUUGUGGAUAUUGCCAAAAACCCUGACAACUCCUCAUCAACCUGUGCACUGUGGUUACUUUUGCUCUUAAAGAUAGUUGAUCUUACGGUUGAUAGCCGUACUGAAGUCCGAAAUAGUGCAAUCCAGACAAUGCUUCGAAUACUGGAUCAUUCAAGCGAGCAGUUGCCUCCGGGUAUCUGGCAUCUAUGUUUGAAUAAAAUACUUUUCGUUAUGGCUGAAUCUGUCCAAGCAGAAACUGUCCAACUAAUGGAAUCUUCGACGGAGAGUUCGGAAGACCAAAAGUCAUGGGUGGAUACGUCCGCACUAUUGAGCAAGGGAUUGUCAAAUCUUAUUGCUACAUAUUUUGGUACCAUUAUUCAGUGCGAUAGUUUUCAUCAAUCCUGGACCCGACUGCUCCGGUUCUACGAACCCCUGAUCAAGUUGAAUUCAUUGGAGCUGAUGGAGGCCAUUUUUUCCAGUUUCUCCCAAAUUCUGUCCUGCAUUCGAGUACCAGAAGACAUUGGUACAAACUUGGCCCAACAAGCUUGGGAUGUUUGGGUCAAUGGCAAUCCUGUCUCGGAAGAGGGGAAGCAAAACUACGAGAGUUCAAAUCAAAAUGCGUUACUAGCUUACUUCCGAGCGUACAAGCAGCUCUACAGACUCCUUAAAAACUACUUGGGGGAAAAGCAGAUUCUCGAAGCUCUGCAAAAUGCCCAAAUAGCUAUCGAGCAAUCAGUCCAUUCGAAAUAUUCCUCAGACACCGAAACUACUUCCGAGUUACAAACCCAAAUUAUUGAGUGCCUUAAAACUCUUUGCACAGAUAAGCCAGACUCACAAUCCGUAAUUAUGGAGAGUUUUUCCAAAUUCUUCCAAUUACCCUUGGAAGGGAAGCCACAGGCUGACCGAACUAAACCAACCUUUGUUGCACUGUCUAAGGCUUCAAUGCGGCUUUUAAGCUGGUAUAUAACAGAGCAUGGAUUGAAAGCCAAUGUUUUGUCGGAUGGAGUGCUGAGCAACACGCUCGGAAGACUGACCACUCCAAUUUCCAGCAAGUACAACUGGCUAGGGAAGGACGGAAACCCAACUUUAUGGCAAACAGCAACGACAGCCUCUUUGGACUUCAUAGAAGUCGCAACCCCGUACGUUGAGGCCCAAUAUAAGGCGUGUGACCGUACAGUUACAGACCGCUUCUGGGCAUCCGUAGUUGGUGUUGUAAAGGGGGUUGUGUCUUGCGGGGAGUAUACUGAUCUAAAAUUAACACCAUCCGCUGUGUUAUCCGACGAGCAAUUCGACAUCACGGCCUUUGAACGGCUUCGUGGUAUGAUAAUCCCGGCUCUUGGCUCUUCUUUCAUCUCUCCGGAGAUCCGGCGGGAUUUUGCAUUUGCGCUUUUUGAUUCUUCGCAUAUUUUCCCGCCUCAACGAUUGGACCUUCCCGAUAAUUCUGCACAAAAGGAACCACUCCGUGAUCUAUAUAAAGUCAGACGCGGCCGCACCCAUGGCCCGCAGCCGACGAUGCGGGUUAAAUUAUCAUAUGUGUUAAUCGACACAUUAUUUGACCUAGCAUCUGUUCGCAAACCGGCUGCAGGAGAAAGCCAAGCUUCGCCAAAUUAUGUGACACCAUAUAUAUCCCUUGCAAAGUCUGUGUCACCGUACCUUAUCUUACGGUGUGCCUUACCCUUGAAAUCAUAUAUCGCCGACCAACCACUUCUGGGGCUGAUGCCACAACCUUUAAUUUCAAGAAAGGAACUAAUGUACCUUCUGACCCGAUUGGUUGAACUGAAAAGUGAACCUACCGCCAUUCCAGCCGCUGGUCCCAGCGUUCCUAUAGGGGGUUCGAAUGAAGCCUCGGAAGAUGAGGGAGAUGAAGAGGGGGAGGAGGAAAGUUGCAGUCAAACAGGGGCCAGGUUCAAGAAACAUCUCGGGUGGAUGUAUCCCCUUGUUAUUCGUGCAAUAACGGUUGCUAGCAAAGAAUCCAAUGAUCGUCAAGUUCUAGAUGUGCUGACAAAGGUUUUAGAGGGUAUACAGGGAUAG